AUGCCGCGGCUUGUGCGACCGAAUUGUCCGUCUGUCUACAGUGAUCAAUCCUACAUGGUCCGACUGGCCCGGGAAUUCCCUCCGCUGAUGGCAAUUAUAACUGCCAUUGCGGCACUUGAUAUCGGCAAUGAUUCCCUCGCGAUGCAGCACUACCUGCGCUCGCUGCGCAGUCUGCAGGCUCGCAUAAUAGCUGCCUCUGGUACCGGGAAUGAAGAUGGCUUAUUGGCGACGACGAUAUGUCUUUGCGUUUUCGAAAAUCUACGGACGGAUGGGCCUCCAAAUAUCGGACUGCAUGCGAAGGCCGCUGGGGUACUCCUUUCGCAGCGGUGCCCGGAAGAAACUACCCAGUCCCCUUGCGAGCCAGCAGUGGUAUUUCAACGCAUUUGUUUGGAGUCGUUCUUGUAUCAUAGUACCCUUAUGAUGCUGUUGGAUCCCUCGCUAGAUGUGUCAGCAGACGACAUACCUCAGCAAUUGGCCUGUGCCCCCGGUGAUGGACAAGCUGUUCCGCGACCUAUCUUGGACGAAUCCUAUCAUUUCUUCUUCAUGGUUGCGAGAGUGACACGGCUCGCCCGGCUAGCCCGCGACUUGGAUCAAGAAGAACGUCAGAUAUGGACACGUCUUCAGAGCGACGUCCAGCAAUAUGAGCGUACGGACGAUACUAAUGAUCCCAUAAAAAGGCUGUAUUCACGCGCUUUUCGAAUCUUGCUACUCAAGGGAGAUCCCAUCAAAAAUGCCACACAAAGAGCAUCCGAUAUCAAAGUCCUCCUCCACGAAGGACUGGUCAUAUUGGAGACAGUAGACAUCCAAAAUUACCUGCUGGGCUAUUCGCUAUGGCCGGUGGUUGUGCUUGGUGCUGUUGCCGUGAGAGAAUCCGAACAACACACCAUAAACAACAAGAUUGAUCCAUGGGCUCGCCUGAGACGCGGGCAGGCAGUGCGAUUACAAGAGCGACUGAUGAGGAUUUGGGUCUCGCCACGGGAAGCCACAGAUAUGCGGGUCCUACAGCAAUUGCAAUUAUUGAUGGAAUGUUCAUGA